AUGGGUGGUGCAGGAGCUACUGGGUCGGGCGCGGCCGAUCCUAUUAUCACACGUCUCGCCGACGAAGACAAGGUCAAAUGGUUCAGGAAGCCCAACCUACGAUUCCUCUACUUCCUACUCUUCCCUACAUGUAUGGGAAUCGAGUUGACGUCUGGAUUUGACUCGCAAAUGAUCAACGCCUUGCAGAUUGUGCCUUCAUGGAUUUCAUAUUUCGGAAACCCUCAGGGAUCACUCAAAGGUAUUAUUGCCGCCGCAUAUUCGCUUGGCGCUAUUCUAUCGCUACCAUUUAUCGGUAUCGUAAAUGAUAAAUUUGGCCGUCGAUGGUCGAUCUUGGGAGGUUCCGUUAUCAUGGUGAUCGGAGCUCUGAUCCAGGGAUUCUCUGUUAAUGCCGGCAUGUAUGUUGUAGCUCGCCUAAUUCUUGGAUUUGGCAUUCCGACGUGUAUCGUCUCUGCUUCAUCCCUAAUUGGUGAGCUAGCGUACCCGAAGGAACGACCUGUGAUGACUUCACUCUUCAACGUAUCGUACUUCGUUGGUCAGAUUACAGCUGCAGCUAUUUGCUUCGGAACCAAUAAUAUUGCAACCAAUAUGGCGUGGCAGAUUCCCUCAUGGCUUCAAAUGUGUCCGUCAUUAGUGCAGAUUGCAUUCGUCCUCUUCCUUCCGGAGUCCCCCAGGUGGCUAGUCCAGCAAGAUCGAGUAGAGGAGGCCUACGACAUCUUGGUCAAAUAUCACGCGGAAGGCGACCGUGAAUCCGAAUUUGUUAAGGCCGAAUUUGCGCAAAUUCAGACAACAAUCAGUAUCGAACUCGAGCACUCUAAGAGGUCCUGGGCUGAUCUGGUGGCCACAUCUGGUAUGCGUCGACGCAUGUUGAUUAGUUGCAUGUUAGGUCUUUUCACUCAAUGGUCCGGCAAUACGCUCAUCUCAUACUAUCUCGGAGAUCUUCUCGCCAUGAUUGGCAAAACCGACUCUGUCUUCAAGCAACAAAUCAACGUCGCUAGCGCGUGUUGGCAAUUGGUCUGCGGUACCUGUGUCGCAUUCCUGGUCACGAAGUUCAAACGACGCCAAAUGUAUCUUGCUUGCACAAUUUCCCUAUUGUGUGUCUAUGUCGCAUGGACCAUCAGUAUGGAGAGGGCCAUUACUGGAAAGGAGUCUGGACAUCCUAAUAAUGGGGCGAAUAUCGCGACGAUAUUCUGGAUUUUUGCCUACUCGCCCUGCUACAACAUCGGAUAUAACGCUCUGACUUAUACUUAUCUGGUCGAGCUAUGGCCCUUUGCUGAACGUUCGCGUGGUAUCGCAUUCUUCCAGCUAUUCGGUCGCAUGGCCAGUUUCUUUACCACUUUCGUCAACCCGAUAGGUCUCGCGAACGUGAGCUGGCGCUAUCUCAUCUCCUAUUGCUGCUUCCUGGUUUUCGAGAUUGCAUUCGUCUACUUCAUGUUCCCAGAAACCUUUGGCAGAACCUUGGAGGAACUGGCAUUCUUAUUUGAAGAUAAGGCUCUAGCCGAUGAAGCUGUUCACGCCGUUGAAAAGGUAGUUGUACACCACGAGGAGCCGGCUGUUACCAAGGGAGGAAAUACCACGACUUCGGAGGUCAAAACAGACGUUUAA